GUUGAUAUAUGCUUUCAUUGUAUUGUCUUACUCGUAUUAAAAAAAUUCUCAAUACAAUAAAACUAAUUUAAAUACAUUUUGUUUAUAUAAAUAUAAACGGAUCGAUCACACAUUCAUGAGAACGAAAUUUUUUCAGUCUAUCCAAUGGAGAGUGAUAGAGAAACGCACCCUCUCCUCACACCGUUGAACAACUCACAGCAAGAUCAAACCAACACUACUGCAGUUUUCACCGUCAAAUCCGAUGAUAUUCCUCCGAUCACCGGCGCCGGUAUCUUCGCCAGAGAGUUCCUCAAUGAGUCCAAGAAACUCUGGUACCUUGCCGGUCCUGCGAUCUUCACCGCCAUCUCUCAAUACUCCCUCGGCGCUGUUACUCAAGUCUUCGCCGGUCAAGUCGGUACUCUCCAACUCGCCGCCGUCUCUAUUGAAAACUCUGUCAUCGCCGGUUUCUGCUUAGGCAUCACGUUAGGGAUGGGAAGCGCGUUAGAGACGCUAUGUGGACAAGCUUUUGGAGCAGGAAAACUUGAUAUGUUAGGAAUAUACAUGCAAAGAUCGUGGCUAAUUCUAAACGCAACAGCGAUUAUUUUAACUCUUCUGUACAUUUUCGCUGAGCCUCUUUUAAAACUUAUAGGCCAAACAACGGCGAUAUCAGAGGCUGCAGGACUUUUCACGUUAUGGAUGAUUCCUCAGCUUUUCGCUUACGCGAUGAACUUUCCGGUUCAGAAGUUUUUGCAGGCGCAGAGUAAGAUAAUGGCGAUGGCGUGGAUUUCUGCGGUGGCGUUGGUGGGACAUACGAUUUUGAGUUGGUUUCUUAUGUUGCAUUUGGGAUGGGGACUGGUGGGAGCUGCGGUGGUGCUUAAUUCUUCUUGGUGGUUUAUUGUGGUGGCGCAAAUUGUUUAUGUUUUGAGUGGUGCCUGUGGCGAAGCGUGGAGUGGUUUUUCUUUUCAAGCUUUUCAGAAUCUUUGGGGCUUUGUUCGUCUCUCGCUUGCCUCUGCUGUUAUGUUAUGUCUUGAAGUGUGGUAUUUUAUGGCAUUGAUACUAUUUGCUGGCUAUUUGGAGAAUGCAGAGGUUUCAGUUGAUGCAUUGUCUAUAUGCUCAAAUAUAUUGGGGUGGACUGUCAUGGCAUCCUUUGGAAUGAACGCCGCCGUAAGUGUGAGAGUAUCAAAUGAAUUGGGAGCAUGUCAUCCAAGAGCAGCAAAAUUCUCACUUACAGUUGCUGUGAUUUCUUCAUUUCUCAUUGGUCUUAUUCUCUCAUUGAUCUUGAUAAUCUUCCGGGAACAGUAUCCUAUACUAUUUUCUAAUGAUCCAGACGUGAGAAAGGCAGUGAUUGAGCUAACACCAAUGUUGGCAUUAUGCAUUGUCAUCAACAACAUUCAACCUGUUCUUUCAGGAGUUGCUAUUGGUGCUGGGUGGCAAGCUUCUGUUGCUUAUGUAAAUAUUGCUUGUUACUAUAUCUUUGGUAUUCCUUUGGGACUCUUUUUUGGGUUCUUUCUUAACUUUGGUGUCUUGGGGAUCUGGUCUGGAAUGUUAUCAGGGACAGUUCUACAAACUCUUGUCUUGUUCUACAUGGUCUAUAGAACUGACUGGAAUAAUGAGGCAUCACUUGCAGAAGAAAGGAUAAGCAAGUGGGGCGGGCUUAAAGAUUUGAAGAUCAACGAUAAUGGCGAGAAUCAUCAAACAAAAUAAAACUUAUACAGAAAUAUUGAUAAUCUUAGACAAAAAUGAUAGAUAUUCUUACACAUUCUUGAGCAGCUAAUGUGGAUUUACACUGCAAUAGUGAUUACAGCUCUCUCGAAAACAUCUCAUCAGCAUUUAUUUGUUAAGUGCUUAUUGUUUGGAAAUGUUUGAAAUUUUGUGUCGGCCAAAUAUUAUAUUGGCAUAUUCAUUUGGUGGUCUUUGUUUGUAAAAUUGUAAGAUGCAUUGAGAUCGUGAUAAGUUGCUUGCGGUUUUGAUUGUUUAUGUAUGAGCUAUUUGAAAA